AUGAAUCCGGUACCCGAUAGAGAUAUUAUCAAAAAAUUUUUAGGUGUGGAAGAAUUAAAUAACGACCUCGCGUCUACCAAACUAGUAGAUGGCGCAACCGAACCCUAUAAAGAAAAAAGAUUUGCUUCGGUAGAUGAAGUGGAAACGUUAAAAGAACACAAUGGAAGUGGUGCAUCUUCUACUAAAACUUCUAUGCAGCACAGACCCGAAUCUCUUAAAAUUAUGGCUAUGCGUGAACAAGGAGGUGGCAGUACUUCCGAUAUUUCUCGUAAAGAAUCGAAUAAAACAAAAGGCUCGGAGUCUGCUAAGACAUUGGAUACCCGCCCGCCUGUCAUCGCACUUCACCCACCUGCAGGAAUCAGACGUUCUAAAAGACGCCCCCACAGCCAAAAACACCAAAGCAGCGUCAGAAAAAACCAAAAAACAAACAAACCAACAAAACGUGGAGCUGAUUUUACGAGGCUAACCUGUUCCUAUUGUGGGGCUAGAUUAGAAUCUUUCGAUGAGGAGACACUCUCACUUUGUUGUGUAGCUUUGUGUACGUUUCUGCAAAGAGUGCCUAGUUUAGCUGCUCCGUUGCUACAGAGAACUCUUCUCUGCACGGCACGUUUUAUAGACAUCCCACAAUUUCCAUGGCACGAAUCCAACAUUUUCGUCCCAGGAAAUGCCAAAAGUGCUGCUAAGCAAUUAAUUCGUAUUAUUUUACACCAAUUAUCUGGAAGUGGAAUAGCUCUACAACUUUUUAAUUUACACAUUCAAGCAGACGAAUUAUACUCUUUUUGGAGUAAAAUAGCUCUAUCACUUGUUGAUUUUACCGAAUUAAACCCUGUUGCUUUUUUACAAAAUUUGUUGGAGGUAAAAUUUUGUGGGGAACAAUUUUUUAUAUAUGGAGGAAAUUAA